AUGGAAGAGGGAAAUCUCUCAGAGGGAAAUCUCUCAGAGGUUACUGAAUUCAUUCUCACAGGACUGACAGAUCGUCCAGAGCUUCAGCACCCCCUGUUUCUUUUGUUCCUACUCAUUUAUGUUGUCACCGUGGUGGGAAAUGGGGGGAUGGUCUUGUUAAUCACGAUUGACCCCCGACUCCACACCCCCAUGUAUUUUUUCCUCAGGAGUUUAUCUUUCUGUGAUUUCUGCUAUUCCUUUGUAAUUUCCCCAAGGAUGCUGGCAAAUUUCUUAGCUGAUAGGAAAAGUAUUUCUUACACUGCCUGUGCUUUGCAAAUGUAUUUCGAUAUCGCUUUUCAAGAAACUGAGUGUCUCCUGCUGGCUGUGAUGGCCUAUGACCGUUAUGUGGCCAUCUGUAACCCAUUGCUCUAUAUGGUCACCAUGUCCAGGCAGCGUUGUAACCUACUGAUGGCUGCAUGCUAUGCUGUGGCAUUGGUAGACGCAAUCAUUAACACAUAUUUUAUAUUCCGGCUGUCAUUCUGCCACUCCAACAUCAUCAAUCAUUUCUACUGCGACAUGCCCCCACUGCUGGCGCUCUCCUGCUCUGACACCAGCAGCAGUGAGAUUGUGAUGUUUGCAUCCACGUGCUACAUUAUAGUGACCAGUGUUGUCAUCAUCCUCCUGUCUUAUGUCUGUAUCCUCUCCAGCAUCCUGAAGAUCCGCUCUGCUGAAGGCCAGCGCAAAACCUUCUCCACCUGCACUUCCCACUUGACCGCAGUGAUCAUGUUUCAUGGCACCCUCCUUUUCAUGUAUUUACGACCCAGCUCCAGCUAUUCCAUGGGCAUAGACAAAAUAGCCUCAGUGUUCUACACGUUGGUGAUCCCCCUGUUAAAUCCCCUCAUCUACAGCCUAAGGAACAGGGAGGUGAAGGGGGCCCUAAGGAAAUCCAUGAAUAAACUCCUAAGCAAUUCUUGA